AUGGAAGACGGCACGCCAGAACCGCUCGACUUCGACGUCCACCUCCAGACGAAGGGAAUCACGGCCAACAGUAGCGGCCAGUUUCUCGUCGCUCUCGAGCUGCUCGUUCCGGAGUCGAGCACGCGCGUUCCUGUCCAAAUCGUGCCGGUGAUCGAUGUCAGCAACAGCAUGGCAGAGCACCUCCCUCUUUUAAAAGACGGCCUCGUCGUCGUCGUCGAGAACCAGCAAGUGCUGAGCGACGUCGACGACUUGGCGCUCGUCACGUUCGGCUUCACUGCCAAGAAGUUGUGUUCGAGCGAGGGUUUGGGAAAGAUGACCGGUACACGAAGAGAUGGAAUCAUUGACUGCGUACGCAAGAUCCGCACCAGCGGAAUGACCAAUCUGCACGGUGGACUCAAGCUUGGGCUUGAGGAAGUGAGGAGGGGUGAUGGAAGAUUUGCGUUUAUUCUUCUCAUGACGGAUGGGAUUGCUAGUGCGGGCAUGGUGCAGCCCUCGGAAAUUUUAGAUGAUGUGACACGUGACCUGGAGGCGAUUGAAGAGAGUGGGUGUCAUCUUGGUAUUUAUACCAUCGGAUUCGGUCAUGAGCAUAAUUCGACUCUGCUGCGGCAGAUUGCUGAAGUGGGACAAGGGCAGUACACGUAUGUGGAGGGAGGAGACACGUUUGAGUUGAUAUCAAAAAUUCAUGAAUGGUUAGUUAUGUUUAGUCAACUUAGAGCAACCGAGACUCGGAUAUCAAUGCAGCCUUAUAAGAUGGCUGAUGCAUCAAAAGGCAUAACAGUCACCGGGAUGCAUGAAAUUACGUUUACUAGAUCUGAAGAUAAUGACGGCUCGGCGAGUCCAUCCAAGCCAACCAAACGAAGUGUUGUCAUGUUUGGUGAUACAUUUGCUGGAACAUUGUACAGAAAAUUGAUUUCGUUAGAUGUAAGGAUUGGCGACGGUGUUCGAGGUCACAAGGAGAUGGUCAGUCUGUGUUUAAGCUACAGAGAUGCUCUCACAGAUGAGGAGCACACUGUUUCUAAAGGUAUUAAAGUGUGGGUUGCUCCACAAUCUAAGGAAUCUCCACCUUCAAUGGCCAUCAUUCCGAAUCAUCUCAUUCCUAGACCAAUUGCUAUUCCACACAAAGAAGUUAUGAAUAUUGCUGUUCGUCGGCAACUGGCUGCUGAUAUAAUACGAAAUGCUGCCAUUUGUAUGCAUUCAUAUUGCACUAUUGCGAAGAAGGAAAUUCGUCUAACAGGCUCGGCAGAUUCUCCAACUGUUAGAAGAAGUAAGGCUGCUCUCACCACUUGGGAACAAUUGCUUGAAACAUUGGCAGACAUAGUAGAUCGAGAUCCAGAACUUCGAGAGCAACGAAACCAACUGAAGAAGAUGGAAAGCUUACGAGCAGAGGGAAGGUUAGAGGAAUGCCAAGCUAUGGCCAACAACUUUCAUCAACGUCAUUCUACCAACACUCUGUCAAAGAAGAAGAGUCUGGCUAAUCUUUUCUUGAACGCACUGGCAAGACAAAAGAAGAAAAAGACAGUUGAAGGUGAAGCAGGGCCAUCGGACGCUAAGCUAGCUGCCAAGUUGGCUGAAAAAAUGGCGGCUAUAGAAGCAGGACAAGCAAAUCCUGAAAUCGUGGAGCUUGAAGAACGACUUGCCAUGAAGAGAAAAAAGAGUUCUUCAGACACGUGGAAAAGCUCAGAAUUGGCUCGUAGUCUUCAGGAGUUUCGUCAAAGGCGUGAAGAGUUGCUCAAGAUGGCCGGUGUCUCGUGGUUUGGCAUCAUUCCGUCUUCGGAGUUGAACCAGGUCUCUGAAAAUGAUUACCAGGGUGCACACGGUGAACUGCUAGCAGUAUUUCAAAGAAGAGGCAGACACAACCCAAUGAACAUGGGCAAAACAACACAUCAAAAAAUUACUGAAUUUUAGCUGCUUUGGUUGGGGAGAGAGAUUUGUUUAUAUUAUGCUAAUCACUCGAUGGAUCACUCGAUGGAUUUGUAGACAUUUAUUUAUGCACAGGCUACAAUACAAUUGAUGAGCAAGCGUGGUAUGUACUGACAAUAGUUUUCCGAUUGUAUAUUACUGAGCAUAUGGAUUUUCAGAUGAAGGGACAGAAUUGUAGAGUAGAUUGCUGUUAGUAGUGCUACAUGCUCAAAUACAUCACAUGCACACUUGA